AUGAUCCAGAACUCGGAGAAAUCGGGAGGCCAACGCCGAGGGCCGGUGCCUUCUGCGAUUAAAGGCAACUUCAUUCCAGUCUCGCCCAGGAAGUAUCGGUCGCCAUCGCCACAGAAACACAGGGCAAACAAAUCUGUUCAGAUCAACCUGAACUUGACUGAGAAUCAGGUGGACCGACUGACAGACGUAUUCUCGAACAAGAGCGAGUCGCCAUCCCGUCGCGGACGAGUCGACAACUCCAGUCGAGCCAGGUCGCCUGUACGAAAUGACGACUUUGAUUGCGCCCAGGCUCAUAGAGGCAUCGGCCACGGGGGUUCUCCCUUGCAAGCCCAAAAGGGCCGAAGCAGAUAUGAGAUGCCCCUCCGCGAAAGUGACUCAACAACCUUUUCGGAGUUGAUGCCGACUUCGAACCACAAAGCCAAGGGCUCUCUAGCGUCGAGUCUCGCCGAGCGCCGCCGACAAAAUACGCCGACACCAGUCAACAUCAAUGACAUCCGGCAACAUGGAACUAUUCUUGGCCAUCCCGAGAGCGCGUCUCCUGUCCCACAGCCUAUGACACCGGAGGUGCCGUCUCCCGCAAGCAUCGAGCCGGUAGACUCAUCCUCUAUCUACUCUCAGAGCGAAGGCAGGCCAAGCCCCCUCCACCUCAAGAAGGACGACAUCUCACAACACAUUGAGAACGUGUUGCAGUCCUCCAGUGCCUGGAAAGAUCCAAACAUCCCAGCGCCGGCUCCUGGCAUGGCCAGUUGGGGAGGAAACACCCAGGGACAUGGUCCGCACAAGGGUAGACUGGAAGCCCUCAGGCAGCCGGUGAUGGACGCCAGCCAGAUGUACUCCCCCCUCAGACCCUACUUCGCCUAUAAGGAGCUCCCUGUGCAGAAGAUCGCCGGCAAGACCUUGAUCGGGGAACAAGGGUGGCUCGAGCGGCCCAACCAAUCCCUGGACCGCAAGAAGAAGGACAGCUCGCCCAAGAAACCGGGUCUUCUGGACAGCCUCAAAAAGAUUGCCAGGGAGAUGGGCAAAUCUUCAGGCCGAAGGCCGCGAGACACGGAGCGGGAGGGGAAAGUGCCGAGAGUCACAAUCUCACUCGAUCCUCGCGAGCAGAGCCUUCUUUACUGCGAGCUCGAGUUCCACAUCAGCAACGCAUUGCACAACUACAUCACCAAUGAACUGAACCAUGGCCGGCUCAACCCGGACAAGCUCAAGAAGAUUGCAGACGGAUGGAACCAGAAGGGCCGCCCAAGAGUCGUGGGCUUCCGAUACGACUUGGAGACGCAGCUCGAGCUUAUCCACCUCCACAUCGAUGAGUUCCGGUUCUUCGGCCGUCGUCAGAGCAACCCAUUGGAGAUCGCCGGCCUGCUUCACGCGAUGAAGGUCAACGCUCGGUCUUUGCGCAUCCGUACCCAUUGCCAGCCGGAUUCCGUAAUUGCCAAGCAGCUCGUCGAUUCCCAGUCUCUCUGCAACACCAUCGGAUGCUCCGAGGCCCAGCAAAUUGCCAUUGCCGAGAUAGCCCAGUUUUUCAAGGUCAUUGUGGAGAGAGAGCAGGCCUACCGAGCACAGCUAGAGCGCGAAAGCGCAGCCCAGACGUUGCCGCAUGACCAAGGCGACCGGCAAUGGGAACCUCCGAGAGACCUAGCACAGGGUGUGGAUCCGUACGGCGGUCUCCACCUCAUACCCGAAGGCUACGACGUCAAUACGGAGACUCUCCGUUACAACAACUGA